AUGUUCUUCUCGACGAAAAAUUCCCUUGCCGACUUCCUCACUCCAUCCCUCAGCGACCUCCAAUCGCUGGUCGAGAAUGCGGCUUGGCCUCGUCAUUCCGAACCCAUCCUCCCACUCGCGACAACAGAUGACGAGCAGCGACAAAAGACGGGAGGAACAAUCAACUCGCGACAAAAGUCGAAGAAUGCCCAGUCAUUUGCGACCAACCACGCCAAUCACUCGCCGAUUGGGGUCGUUCGCGACAAAGCCUCGACCACUCGCACUGUGCAGGCAUCUUGCGACAAGUCGGCCGUUUGA